UGCAGUGCACUUUAUUUAAAUAUUUACCGUUAUGAUAUUACACUCCACCACAGUAGGUGGCGAUAUUGAAGCAUGUUCAAUGCGGCUGCUGUUGUGUUGAACAUAAAGCCAUUUUCUUGUUGGUUGGAGAGUGACUGGGAUGUGCUGAAACACAUCAGACAGAGUUGUUAUAAAGGAUUUUUUUGAAGAGUUUUUACCACAAUGAGUUCAAUUGGAACUGGGUAUGACUUGUCUGCCUCCACCUUUUCCCCUGAUGGAAGGGUGUUCCAGGUGGAAUAUGCCAUGAAGGCAGUAGAAAACAGCAGCACAGCAAUUGGGAUCCGGUGCAAGGAUGGGGUUGUGUUCGGUGUCGAGAAAUUGGUUCUCUCCAAACUUUACGAACAAGGCUCAAACAAGCGUAUCUUCAAUGUCGACCGUCACGUAGGGAUGGCAGUUGCUGGGCUACUGGCUGAUGCUCGAUCCCUGUCUGAGGUGGCCAGAGAGGAGGCCUCCAACUUCAGAUCCAACUAUGGACACAACAUCCCACUGAAGCAUCUCUCAGAGAGAGUGGCCAUGUACGUCCAUGCCUACACGCUAUACAGUGCGGUGCGGCCGUUUGGAUGUAGCUUCAUUUUGGGCUCUUACGAUCAAGAUGAUGGUCCUCAGCUGUACAUGGUUGACCCCUCUGGAAUCUCAUAUGGUUACUGGGGAUGUGCUAUUGGAAAAGCCAAGCAAGCCGCCAAGACAGAAAUUGAAAAGCUUCAGGUAAGAAUAUUACUUGAGCCAAGUUUAAGACAAGGGAAGAUCUUGCUUAAUUGUUUGAUUUGUGUAUGCUAUUGCUAUCAACAGAUGAAAGACAUGACCUGCAGGGAGUUGGUAAAAGAGGUGGCCAAAAUAAUCUACAUUGUACAUGAUGAAGUGAAAGACAAAUCGUUUGAGUUGGAACUAAGCUGGGUUGGAGAAGUGACAAAUGGAAAACAUGAGCUGGUUCCAAAAGACGUCAGGGAGGAGGCAGAGAAGUACGCUAAGGAUUCCUUGGAGGAGGAGGAUGACUCUGAUGAAGACAACAUGUAAACUAAUUUCUGUGGUUUCUCCAACCGUCACACACCUACUGACAGGACGGCUCUCCAAGAGACACAAAUUGUUUUGUAAUUAAUGGACCAUUCAUGUAAUUUCUUUCCAUUUUAGGGUUUGAUGGAUUUCAGCCUUAAAAUAAAAGUUGAAGAUAAGCACGGUUUAUACUAAAA